GCUGAUUAGCUGAUGGGGGCGGGUUCAAAUACGAGUGGAAGCCAUCUUGAACGGCUGCUUGACAAGACUCUUUCGUAGUCAGCUAGAAAUCGAAUUCAUCUUACGGACACCGCAAACGGAACCGGUUAUUUCAGUUAUUCAAGGUUUGGACAGACCUGAGAAAGGACACAGCGGCUCAGUUAAGCUAACAAGAUGGCUAACUGAACAGUUGGCCAAAACUUGAAAGCUCGCUAAACCCUCCUGAUGUAUAUUUUUCCAGAUAAUAUUGGCAAAUUAAACCUAUGCUAAGCCCUAAUUUAAUCCCCAUGCUUAGAAGUCUUAUAAAAGUUGAAAAGAGAUACUUGUUUCUUGACACUUGAUGUCCCAAUAACAACGCUGUUGUGGAAGAAAAAGAUUUAAAAAUUACAUCUUGUUGAUUAUUGAGGUUUCAAGAGGCAAGGGCAAGCUGAAAUUCUGAAGUGGUCCCAGCAGAGUGGACUCACUUCAUCUGCAGACUGUUAAAGGUUUCAUUGCUGUUGGGACAUAAACGUUAAGAUACGUAAACAUGAGCACCGCCAGGACAGAGAACCCAGUGAUUUUGGGCUUGUCCAACCAGAAUGGACAGAUCAGAGGCUCCGUGAAACCUGCUGGAGCACCAGGUGGAGGUGGAGGAGGCCCUCAACAGCAACAGUUCAACCAGAUGAAAGGCACAAUCAACAAUGGUAAUUCCCAGCCAGCCCCCACAACAAACGCUGUCAUCAAACCUGGAGAUGACUGGAAGAAAAAUCUGAAAUUACCCCCAAAGGACAUGAGAAUGAAAACUUCGGAUGUGACUGCAACUAAAGGCAACGAGUUUGAAGAUUAUUGCCUAAAGAGGGAGCUUCUCAUGGGAAUCUUUGAGAUGGGCUGGGAAAAGCCAUCUCCAAUACAGGAGGAAAGCAUUCCCAUUGCACUGUCAGGAAGGGAUAUUUUGGCCAGAGCCAAGAACGGCACGGGAAAGAGUGGAGCCUACCUCAUUCCCUUACUUGAACGCAUUGACCUGAAGAAGGAUUGCAUACAAGCUUUGGUCAUAGUGCCCACCAGAGAACUGGCUCUGCAAGUAAGCCAAAUAUGUAUCCAGGUCAGCAAACACAUGGGUGGAGUGAAGGUAAUGGCAACCACAGGUGGAACCAAUCUCCGUGACGACAUCAUGAGACUCGAUGAAACGGUACAUGUGGUCAUUGCUACUCCUGGAAGGAUUUUAGACCUCAUCAAAAAAGGAGUGGCCAAAGUCAAUCAAGUGCAGAUGAUUGUUCUGGAUGAAGCUGACAAACUCCUGUCUCAGGACUUUGUGGUCAUGAUGGAGGAGAUACUGGGCUUCCUGCCCAAACAGAGGCAGAUUUUGCUUUAUUCUGCAACCUUCCCUCUCAGCGUGCAGAAGUUUAUGAAUGCGCACCUGCAGAAGCCCUAUGAGAUCAACCUAAUGGAGGAGCUUACACUGAAGGGUGUGACUCAGUAUUAUGCUUAUGUAACUGAAAGGCAAAAAGUCCAUUGCCUUAACACCUUGUUUUCCAGGCUCCAGAUCAACCAGUCUAUAAUCUUCUGCAACUCCUCUCAGAGAGUGGAGCUCCUUGCCAAGAAGAUCUCCCAGCUUGGCUAUUCGUGUUUCUACAUUCAUGCCAAGAUGAGACAGGAACAUCGCAACCGUGUGUUCCAUGACUUCAGAAAUGGCUUGUGCCGGAAUCUUGUCUGCACUGACCUCUUCACAAGAGGAAUUGACAUUCAAGCUGUGAAUGUUGUGAUCAAUUUUGAUUUUCCCAAGCUGGGAGAAACGUACCUUCAUCGCAUUGGUAGAUCUGGCCGCUUUGGACACCUGGGUCUCGCCAUCAACCUCAUCACAUACGAUGAUCGCUUCAACCUGAAAGGGAUCGAGGAGCAGCUUGGGACAGAGAUCAAGCCCAUCCCUGGCAUCAUUGACAAGAGCCUAUAUGUGGCAGAGUACCACAGCGAGAGCGGUGAAGAAGUCAAGCCAUAAGCCAAUCAGUCCAUCCUUCACUCCCCUUUGUAUCCAUUUUCAUCCCCCACCAUCUUGAAUUUUUUUUUUUUUUUUAAUGUACAGUUUCUGUCUGUCCUUUUUUGGAUGCCACCAUUAGGAAUGUGUGUAUUUUGAUGGACGCGUUUUGGAAGAACUCAUCCGCCUUCUUACAAGGCCCUGUGCUGCACUACCACACCCUGAAGACAUAAGCACUGGGAGGAAAGCAUGGGACCAAGUCGAAAAAUGAUAUCCAUGCACGUUGUGAUGAUUCAUAUCCACCGUUGACACAAAGCCAGCACCAACAGACCCAGAUACGACACCCUCCAUUCUCCACGUUUUAUUUUGGAAGUUUUAACCAAUUUGUAUCAAGUGCCUUAACAAGCAGUUCAACUCGUUCUAAAGUAAUAACCCGUCAUUAUCCGUCAUCUCGCUCACUUCAUACCAUGCAUUCAUGUUCACCUAAUUGAAAAUUUGUUACACUAAUUUAACGUCUGACCAAAUAGGUGAAUUCAUUACUGUUUUUCGGUUGGGUCAUCCAUUUGCGAGUAAUGGAGAUAAUUUGGAGGGAGGCUGGUCUGAAUCAUCUUUUUGCUGGCUUACCUGAACUUGAAUCUGGCUGGUGAAUGAGGACAAACUUGGAUUUCCAUGGACAGAGAUGCUGGAUUUUUUUCCAAGAGACAGCCAGACUGUCCAGUUGCUUGAGAAGAAGCUCGUGCUUCUGAGAGACCCAGACCCUUUCCUCUGUCUUCAGCUUCAGAACACUAAAAAUUAAUAAGCAGCCUUGCAACACCAUGAGUCAUGAGGAUUCCUGUUUCGGUGGAGUUUAUUCGGAGAGAAUGCUUUUGUUUUUCUUUUCUUGUCCUGUGUUUCACCUUCCUAUGGAUGGCCAUACUUCUGCGAGUCGUGCAGCCGACAUGUGGGGCGCACCUUACACCUUGUGUAUAUACCUUCAUUUUAAGAUUGUUUUAAACAAGUUCUAAAGGCUGGCUGACAAACUGAAAAGCCGCCCGCCCCUUCUCUCUUGUUAGCACUGGAGACAGUUUUCCUUAACUGCCAGUUUGUUUGAUCUGCAAUAUUGGCCUGUGAAUUUAUUUAUAAUUUUAGAAGUUGCAGAAUUUAUUAGAACCUAAAACAUUUAAAUGACCUUGUUCAUGGAAUGUUUUGGGAGACAGUUAUCCCUGAUAAUCUUUUAGCCCCCUCCAAAUUUAAUGAGUGCAAUUCUUCAAAGAUGCACUUAAAGAGAGUUUAAAUUGUUGCCCUGCUUCUCCUGUUACCAGUGUUAACAAGUGCUGAGUGUAGACAGCUGGCUUUCUUAAGCUUGUGCAUUUGAGUAAUGAAUUAUUUGUUGUCAUCAGCCUUGACUUGUGAAACAGACUCUUGAGACAUUCUAUGAUCUCCAGUUAUAGUGAGUGCUGGUGUUGGAAGAGAAAAUAAUAAUCUAUCACGUAGUAGUACUACUUGCUGCAGUGCAGCUGAAUUGGCAGAUAAUUUGUUUUUGGGGGAGGUAUUAGCUGUUACGUUGAUGUAUGCCCUGUUGAAGCACAGCUACUUGACUUCCUAAUGCCGGGGGGAGCUGUUGUUUUAGUUUCCUCCUUUUAAAGAAUGUUGGCCAAACGCAACAAAACAUCUGACCUAACAUGUAGCAGGAGUUCACUCUCUGUGCUUUGCAACUUAGCUGGUUUUUGUGCACACAGCUAACAAAAGAAGCUUCAUUUAAAAAAACAAACAACCUGAGCAGGUUGAGGCUGCACUUAAACACAGAGAGGUGGAUUCAGGCAAACACAGACUGCACUGCUUUUUGUACACUCUUGAUGCCCAAAUAGAAGAGAAGUGUAUGGUGGUGCAGAACAUUAAAGUAUUGGCACAGAGGGGGAACGGGCAUGAAGGAUUAUAAGAUUACUAUUAGUCGGACUGCUUGUUUAAAAAAAAAAAAAAAAACUCAAGCAUCUCAGCCUGCUGAGUUUUUGGCUUAUUUCUCUGCCCUUUAUUGCUUUAUUUUUGGGGGGUGGAUUACAGUUUUGCAUUUCAGUGCAACAUGACAGCCUUUACUUUACAUUAAGGUCCUAUCUGUGUUCAGCCAGAACCUUCGUGUAAAUGAGGUUCCCUUUAUUAUGGUGAGAUGCUUUCUUCAAUGUUCUUAUCAAUGAGAAGUAUUGUUCAUUUAAUUUAAGCUCAUUUCUAAAGAUUAGCAUGACAAUGAUGAUGACUUGCCAUGUAUUUCUCAUUGGUUAGGACUCAGAUCCCUGUUCAGACUUCUGUUCUUGUCCCAGAAAUAUAUAUCCCUAUAUAAUUUGACAAUUGGGCUUCUAUUUGGGGGAGGGGGGUGCUGUAUUUAUUAGAAAAAAGGUCAAAUUUAGUAUCAGUUGAGUGAACAGCGAUCUGAAUAUGCAGGCACUUGGCAGCUGUCUGUUUCUUGUCGGCUCACUGGCGGUAAUCGCUGCAGCAAAUGCUUUCAGGGCUAAAAUCUGUGAUCUUUAAAGAUUCAGCGUACGGCUACUUUCCGAUGGGUUUGCGUUUACUGCCAGUGGCUGCCAUGUUGAGAACCUUUAAGACUGAGACAAGAGCAUCUUGCACCAGAUCUGGUGACUAAUUGGGUCGUUUUCGUUACUAAAUUGUCUCAUUCUUUAAGGUGUUUAAAUUUGUGGGUGGGUAAAUUAGUGCACUUUGCUGCCCUGAUGCACACGUUCAUCCUCUUGAUAGUCGCAACACAUUUAAGAAGACACAGCUUUCGUGUAAAAUUUGGCCGUCCCUUUAUCUGUCAAGAGAAUGUGACGAGUCCUUUUUAGGAUUUCUUUCAAAACUGAUGCAUCAGUAUAAUAACGCGGGGAGGGGCCUGUGGGCACUUCAGCAGGAUUAUAUGAUCUAAAGAUCCAAAGUUUUGGUAAUGGGGGUAUUAAAAAGUUUGAAAGAGUUGCCCUUAGAUCUUGCUUUUUUGUUAUCGAAAUGACAUGUUCAAGUGGAGUACACCUUUCUUAAAAUGUGUCUAAAUUUAAAACCUGAGUUCAUAAUUAUUUUUCUUUUAUUUUGAAUUUCAAAUUUGGUUACUCAAUUGGCAAUUUUUUCAGUGACGUUAAUUUUACAACAGUUGAGAUAUAAUGAAUAUUAUUGGAUACUGGAUUGGAGUAAGUUUUGUUCAAUAAAGGUCACUGAAAUUUAA